UGAUGAUCAGUGUAGCCCCAGCAGUGCCACCUGUCAGUGUCCAUCAGUGUCUUAUGUCAGUGCCUCAUGCCAGUGCCCCAUCAGUGCCACAUAUCAGUGGACACCAGUGCACAUCAAUGCCACAUAUCAGUGCCCAUCUGAGCUGCCUUUCAGUGUCACCCAUCAGUGCCAGUGAGUGCCGCCUAUCAGUGCCAGUCAGUGCCGCCUAACAGUGCCAGUCAGUGCCGCCUAACAGUGUCAUCAGUGCCACCUAUCAGUGCCGGUCAGUGCCGCCUAUCAGUGCCAGUCAGUGCUGUCUAACAGUGCCAGUCAGUGCCGCCUAACAGUGCCAGUCGGUGUUGCCUAACAGUGCUGCCUAUCAGUGCCAUGUAUCAGUGCUGCCUUUCAGUGCCCAUCAGUGAUGCCUGUCAAUGCCCAUCAGUGCCACCUACCAGUGCCUCCUCAUCAGUG